AUGUCGACCAGUAAUCCGAUCGCGGCAAUCGACCCAGGGCAACCGCCGGAUCUGAUCGUACGACCCAAAGUCGUAUGGAAGACCCGCCAAAUCGCUUUGGAUAAAAACGAUCGUGAACUAUACGUCAAGUUAACAAUCAUAGAACUAGUAACUUACGCCGUAUUUUUUGUAAUUUUCUUCACCUCAUGUUCUAGUCUGUACUCAUACGAGACGUUCGUGAUCAACAGAGAAAUAUCCUCGUUAUUUGUGGAACCUACUUUCUCGACGUACUCGGACGACGAUUUCGACUUAUCCUUGAAAUUUAACGACAUCAUCACCAUGUCACACUUUUGGCAGUACUUUCACAGCGUGUUGUGCGACAAAUUAUACGAAAUUCCCACAGGCGUCGAAAAGGAAAACGGUACCAAAUUACUAUAUGAAAACAAAUUUCUGUUCAGACCCAGAGUGAGACAGGUCAGAGUCGAAGAAGGACACUGUACAAUUAGAAAUCAAUUCAAAGGAUUGUUCCAUGACUGCUAUGUCCCGUAUGAUAUUAAAUAUGAAGACAAAACAAGUUUUGGACCAAAAAAAGGAACACCAUGGGUGUAUUCUGAUCGCUCGAAGACACAAGGCGUAUUUUACCAAGGCGAAAUCGCGUACUACGGAGACGGCGGAUUUUAUUUCGAUUUCCCAAAGAAUAAAGUUGAUGCAAAAACGACAAUCAGUGACCUCGAACACGACACGUGGUUGAAUCGCGCCACCAGAGCCGUUUUUGUGGAUUUCGCUAUUUACAACUGUAACAUAAACGUGGUUUGUGCUGUCAAACUAGUGUUCGAAUUUCCGGCGUCCGGCGGUAUCGUCUCGUCGUCUUCGUUUCGGACCGUCAAAUUGUACAGAUAUGCUGUGGCCGACUCGAUUUCGACGUUGAUCGGCAUGCUCGCCGUCGUCGGGUUUAUCGUUUAUUUCACGGUGGAAGAAAUAUUCGAAAUCAUGUAUUUUAGAAAGGAUUACAUCUAUGUGUUCUGGAAUUACGUUGAUUUUAGCAUCGUAGUCUUAGGAUGGUGGGCCAUAAGUGUGGCCUCGAUGAUCGUAUCCAAGGAGAGGUCGUCAGCGAGUAUUAGCCCGGAGAACGCGAUCGCGAAAACCGUGGCAGAUCGCAUGUCCGUGGAGUGCUUGGUAACAAGACACGAAACCCUUGUACAACUAACGGCUUACUUGUUCUUCCUAGUAUGUGUCAAAGUCAUCAAGUAUACCGACCUGAACAGAUCGAUGACCAUUGUGUACUUAAGUGUGGGCAGGUGCUUCAAAAUUGUCGCAGGAUACCUGGUGAUAAUGGUUUUUGUUGUGAGCGCGUUCGCGACUCUCGGUUAUUUCGCAUUCGGAUCACAGGUAAAAGGAUUCUCCACCAUGUAUGAUUCCGUUCUUUCGUCGCUCAGAAUACUGAUGAGAGAUUUCGACUACCGGACCCUCCAAGACGUGGACGCUUGGUUCACCACAUUUUUCUUCGUAUUUUUCACAUGUGUAGUGAUAUUCGUUCUAUUGACGAUGCUUGUAGCGAUCGUGUUUCACGCAUAUUUCGACGUGGACGUCGAACAGUCAUUGGAAGGCCGACAACCGUAUGUGAGUGACAAGGUAUCGGCAUUCGUAGACCACGUACUUACCAAGAUAGGUUUCAACAAAUGGGCAGCGCGACGUCGCUCCGACCGACUGAAAGACGAACUGGAUCGUCGCAUUACCUAUCAGAACGUUUACAAGAUACUGAAACGCUGUGGUUUUACGCACUCUGAAGUGGAAAAUAUUCUCAAUAAAUACGGUAUUGAACCACAAAAGACGGUCCACGAAGACGAAGCAAGACAGAUGUUCCGGGACGUACUAAAAAACGACCCGGAAUCAAGUAAUAAAGAUGACAAAGACAAGGCUGUUAAUGAAUCAGAUAUCGAAUGGUUGAUAAAGAGAGUAGAUUUACUUGAAAAUGUAUUAGAUGACGUUCAUAAGAAAUGCGAUAUUGUUAUAGCACGUCUCGAUGCAAUACGGGUUCAAUUACCAUCCAAUUAUGCAGAAAAAAAUCUAAAGGAUAACCCUUCUUAAAUUAGUAAUUAUUAUAGGAAUUUUUUUCUUUACAACAAUUUUCAGCAUACUGUUUUUUGAUAUACCUAUUUAAUUGUCACAAUAAAAAGUCCAAGAAACGUUAGUAAAUAAAUCGAUUAAUAAUAUGUAUUCACGCAGUUCAGCGUCAAUUAUUAACAGAUCGUACAUUUUUAUUUCAAAAUUACACAGAAUUGUCUCGCUUUGACUAAUAGAUCAAUUAUUUCUAUAUAUAAAACAAAUUAUACAAAGAAAAGAA